AUGAAUUUCCCGUCGGUUCUCGGCGGCAACGUCACCGCGAUUCCCUACCAAAACUUUAACGAUUCGUACGUGAACGACGUCAACAGCUACGUGACCGGAGUGAUCAGUCUUCUCUCCAACUGCCUCCUCAUCUAUGCCACGUCACAAGUGAAGAGCUACACGAAUUCGGUCCGAUGGUCACAGUACUCGAUCUCCGUCCUCCGCAUCGUUUUCUCGCUGAGCAUCGUGCUCACUUGUCCGGUAACAUUCGCCAUUCGAAUGAGUCAUUGCAGUGAAACCGAAUUGUAGAGUAUAGAAUAUGUGGCUGAAACCGAGUCGUUGUACAUCAUCAAGAACGGCAUCGAUCUUCCGUUGGCGCUCGGAGAAUCGCUUCUCGCCGUGUUCAUCGUCGCCAUUGUGAUGUCGUGCAACGGUCCCGCUGUGCAGUACCUUCAAGUCACUCUUCUGUUGUCUGCGUGAGUAUGUAAAACGCUCUAAUUGCAGAAACCUAACAAUUAUACAGCCGAUCUCCUAAUAAUAUGUAGUUUGAACUUGGUGUACUUGGGGAAACUGCGAAACAGACUUUUUUCGGGAGCUUAUUGAAAUCUUCUAAAGUUGUGUUGUGACGGAGCAGAGUUCGGAGUCGUUUAUUAAUUAUUGAUUGAACGCCUACUAUUGUGCUCCAGAAACCGUAAUGCUCAAUCUCAGUUCCGCCAAAAGCCAAAGCAACUCGAUCAUCAUCUCCCUAAUUCCCCUGCUCGUCGCUAUUCCUACAGUAAUCCUCGUCUAUUUCGGCUACAUUCCCCUUUUCUACGACGUCCAAGUCGCCGAUUAUCUACUCGAAAGGAUGGGUGCUCAGGGCUCCACGUCCAUCCUCGUUAUCACUGUUCACUUGGUGAUCCGGCGCGUUCACUGUCCAAACGAAUGCGAUAGUUUCAGGCACAAGUGAACGAACUCACAGGGCACUAUGACUUUGACAUGAUGUCACAAGUGUGCACAUUCUUCAUUCUCAUCGUCAUGUUCUUGUCGCUUCUCGUCAUUAUCGUUUGUUAUCUGAGCAUUCGGAGUCAGAUGAAGUACCAAAGUGGAAUGGGAACCGGCUCGACAGCCACGCAUUCCACGCAGGAGCAGUUGCACAUGGUGCUCUUGAUACAGGUAAUGGGAGUCUAAAGAAGAAUUGUAAACUGAUCGAGAUAUCUUUUUAUGGAAACGUAUUGAAACAGUAAAGUUUUUCAUUGCCGUUUUCCUGGAAAAAAAAAUCUCAUUGACGGCCUGAUUCGCUAAAUAAAGUACUUUUCACCACCAUCGUUGAACAUUUGCGUUCCAAUUAUGAGGCUAUUCAGGGGAAGAAAAAAUGAUUGUUUUCCGUUUUUUUUCCCUAUUCAGCGAUGUCAAAAAAUGGAAAAAAAAAACGGAAUGAAAUGCAUCGCUCGCAGCGAUUUUCCGGACGCGAUGCAUGCGGCUACUGUCAGAGACGUUUUAUGAGUGGAUUUACGAAAAAUGUUCUAAUUUUUCUGCAAAAUUGCCACGUUUUCCAGCUAUUUUGAACCAAUUUUCACCGAAAAGCUCAAUGUUUUGAACGAUAUGACGAGGCACUCGAAACUAUCCAAAAAAAAAACAAAGAAUUCAAGCGAAAUCGGUCAGAAAUAGCGGUAAACGUGGCAAUUUCGCAUCAGUUACCAUAACAGAUAAAUAAGAACUGAAAUUCCGUUGACAAUCGGUUGAAAAUAGCGGGAAAACGUGGCAAUUUCGCUGAAAAAUUAGAAAAAAAAAUUCCCCUUCUCGUAAAUCCACUCAUAAAACGUCUCUGACAGUAGCCGCAUGCAUCGUGUCCGGAAAAUCGCUGCGAGACCCGCCGGUAAAAAACGCCGCGAGCGAUGCAUUUCUUUCCGUUUUUUUUUCCAUUUUUUGACAUCUCUGAAUAGGGGAAAAAAAAACGGAAAACAAUCAUUUUUUCAUCCCCUGAACAGCCCCAUUAUAUUGUUGCUCGUUGCAGUUCGUGUUCCCAUUCAUCACCAUCCACAUCCCGUUCUACAUCACAUUCAUCCUUCCGUUCUUCAACAAUGAAAUCGAAUUUCUCACCGAUCACAUGCUCUACCUCUUCUCGUGGUGUCCUGCAAUCAGUCCGAUUCUUGUCAUUCUCAUGGUCCAGGUAGUCGAAAUUAUUCUCUGUUUUUAAAAAAAUCCGCCUUCAGAACAUUCGAGAAGUGGUAAUUCCCGAGAAAAUAGUGAUUCGUCGAUUUGGAAUGUACGAUAGGAGCAGUUCGCGCGUGUUCACAACGAGAUCAUAA